AUGUCGUCUGCGGUCGCGAAGCGCCUCGAGGGUAAGACUAUCGUGAUCACGGGCGCGUCGUCGGGCAUUGGGCGCAGCACUGCGCUUGAGUUCGCGCGCACGGCGCCGCGCAACGGGCUCAAGCUCGUCCUCACAGCGCGCCGCAUCGACGCUCUGCGCCAGCUCGCUGAAGACAUCGCCAGCGAGGCUGGGCCCGGCAAUAACGUCCGCGUCCUGCCCUUCCGCCUCGAUGUCAGCAACCCCGACGAGGUCCGCGGCUUCGUUGCCGCCCUACCCGAGGAGUUCCGCGACAUCGAUAUCCUCGUCAAUAAUGCCGGCCUAGUCAAGGGUGUCGCCCGUGCGCCCGAAAUUGCGGAGGUUGAUAUAAACAUCAUGUUUGCGACCAACGUCACCGGCCUUAUCAACAUGACGCAGGCUGUGCUGCCCAUAUUCCUCGCGCGCGACGGCGGCCGCGGCGAUAUCAUCAACAUCGGUAGCAUUGCCGGUCGUGAGCCGUACCCCGGCGGUGGCAUAUACUGCGCCACCAAGGCUGCCGUGCGCAGCUUCACCGACUCUCUUCGCAAGGAGCUUAUUGCCACCCGCGUCCGUAUCGCCGAGAUUGAUCCCGGUCAAGUCGAGACGGAAUUUUCUAUUGUUCGGUUCUACGGCGACAAGGCGAAGGCAGAUGCAGUCUAUGCCGGCUGCGAGCCUCUGACACCUGAAGACAUUGCUGAAAUCGUGGUGUUCGUUGCUGGUCGGAGAGAAAACGUCGUGGUUGCUGAUACGCUCGUCUUCCCCAACCACCAAGCUGGCGCCGGAAUUCUACACAAGAAAACGUGAGGAGACCCGUUGCAAAAAGAGAUCUCCUGUAUUUCCCCGUAAGACUUUUCCGCAAGACCUGAAACCUUGCCCCGGCCAGUCAUGACUAGGUAGAUGCGGUUCUAUUGUGAAAACCGGAAUGUUACAGGCUCUUCUCGCCUUUUCGUGUAGAAAAAAAUGGAAAAAAUACAGCCUGUGGAAUAGGGGCUAAUCAAUGCACUUACCUGGCGGCUGGCGAUCGUCUUGUCAUCUGAAUCGGGUUGCUACUCCCGGUCAGUAGAAUUCAUAGACGGGGAUACUUGAAACUUAGAAGGGGGACAAAAAACUCAGAUAA